AAUCGUCAAGAAGGGUCUUGAUAUUGCCGUUCCCCUAGAUCCUGCUCUUCCAUACAUUGAACUGGGUGAACCGCUGCCUGGUCCUCGACACUCUAAAAACGACCUGUAUUCGAAGCUUGGAGCUGUAUGCGCUUCACUGCCACACUGGCUGCGGAGGACUCAGCAAUAUUCGACGGAAAUAAAGGGCAGAAGUAGGGUCGAAGAGGACCUCUGGAAGAGAAGCCUGCCAAGCAUUGUGCAGGGCCAUUUCCUCAGUGGCUAUUGCCAUACGUUAGCAAGUUGACCUUGCUAUGAGUUGGGAGCAACCGUCGUGCAGCUUUGGGACUCCAAACGCUCAACCACCCACACCGACCCAAACCCCAAAAUCUGCCCAUUUCCCAAGCCCGACACUUCUUGAAACGCCGAGGAACAAUACGACUUUUGAGAACCGCAGCGGCUGGACGCCAACCUUUGCCGAGGAAUACUCUGUCUUUGAUACAACCCCCGGGCGUCUCACUGGCCACCAUCGCUCGUUUGUGGACAUCGCCGCAACACCACAGAUCCCGUCUGCAUAUACCCAGAACAGACGACUUUCCAGCAGCGCAGGGGAUGCUGCGGCUGAGCUUUCAACUCAUGUUCAGUUAUCGCCAGACCCGAGUAUACCACUUCCUCCCAACGAACCCUCGAAUCGGCGGCCUCCUUCUCCUGCCGCAUACCCCACCAAAAGUGGCCGCUUCGAUGACAGCACGAAGAAGGUGACACCAAGAAAGCCGAGGAAACGUCUGGAGGAGGCAUUCAGUGGACAGACCGCUACUCCUCCACAGACGGCAUCCAAAGGGACCAGAAAGCUUGCGCCGAAGAUAUCCACGGAGACAAUGCAGAAUGGUUCUCAUGAUAGCCAACAUGAUAACUGCGGAACGCCAACACAUCCCCCUGGGCUUCUGUCAUUCCCUCCAACCUCUGCUGAUAUGUUCGGCUAUCCUAUGUCGGCGCCUGCCACUGCGCCUGUCUUUUCCAAUGGCAGGUCAUUCUGGGACCCAGAUACCAACAUGAGUGGCAUGGAUCUGGACUUUUCAACAGAGGAUUACACCGGAUCUCAUCGAACCAGUGACUUUGAUUGGGGGAGAGAUAAUCAAAUGUCCCAAAACGUUGUAAACGCGCCUUCGAAUCAAAACCAUAGCGCCCCUCUUAAGCGGCAACGACCCUUGGCCCCCAAAGCCCCCGCUCCAAAGACCGAUCUCCCAACAUCCCUAUCUCACUUUGACUUUACCAGCACCGACAAACCCUCUGUUUCCGGUGACCCAUUCUCUGCUGCAACAUUGGAAGGAGGCGUAGAUCCAGGUCUUUUGUUCGGCCGAGCCCAUAUGACUUCAGGACUCGAUGAUGUCUCUUUGCCCACCACGCGUCCUGCCACGAGCUAUAUUGCCCGAGAGCCUUAUGAGCAUCAGCUGCGGGAAUCGAGAAGAGAUCAAGAGGAGCUUCGCCGAUCGCGCAGUGCCCGCGAAAGUAGCACGGGUCGUCGCUUUGAAAGAGGAACCGUGAGCUCGCCUGUCAGAAGCCAUGCACGCCCAAUCUUGCAGCGGAGCGUCAGUGAUAGUCGUGCAAGGAGAAGUCAAGACCGAAUCCUUCCUCGUACUGGCCGGUCUUCACCCCUAAAGCUUCGGCGUCUAGACAGCCUCACUUCUAUACCAGAGUCACCCGUACUAAAACCUCGAACGGAGGUAGUCUUCACCAUAGACUCAAAGGGAAGGGCCAGGACCGAGACUGUUGUAGCCAGCGAGACACCUAGACCCAGGAGAGGCCCGUCAUCUUUCUCACGAAACGAGGAGUGGGAGUCUUCGCAAUACGAAUCAUCUUCUGAUGAAGAACCGAUUAUUUUGCCAAGUCGAAGCACCUCAUUCAACCUUCCAUCUCAACCAAAAGGACCAAGGCUUGCCAGGUUCGAGACUUCUAACCAUGCUACCGAUAUUCGAAGGCACAGCACAACUGGCAGUGUCUAUAGCCGGUCUGAAUCCUCCAGUCAACGGUCUAUGCAUCUCGAGGGAGUCGAGAGUGAAGCUGAGACGGUGGUGGAAGAGGACGAGGGCUCUGGCAAUGCAACGCACGAGCUUCGGAAGGUGAUGGAAAGCCGUAAGAAGAUUAAAGAUCGAAACCCCCGCCAUCAUCAUUAUGCCACUGGUACAACACCCCGAGCCAGCAGCAUGCAAUACGUCAACUAUGGCUCUUCAACCAACCUAUCACCAACGACUGUCACAGACCCCGAUGGAGCCACGCCGUCCAGCAUGAGAAGCGGUGCGACCAGGUGUGUCUGCAAUAAUGCUGAGAGCGAAGGCUUCAUGAUCCAAUGUGAGUCUUGCGAUUAUUGGCUCCAUGGCCAAUGCGUGAACAUUGACCAACGCAGCCUUCCACCUGUUUAUAUCUGUGCAUUCUGCGCGCAGACUCCAAACGUGCGGGGCGGUCGAAUCAGAGAUACGGUCAGAGGCGCUGCUCAUCCUGGGUCCUCACCGCUGGCUCACAAAUCAUUCAAAUCUUUGCGAUGAAGUGCCGGGCCGAUAAUUCCACAUCUCCACACCAUCCGAGGAGCGCGUAAUAAGCAUUCUAUCAUUGGAGUCAUCUCUACUUCCUCGUCCGCCCUGGAACUUCAUACGAAAGCUUCAAAAGGCCAGCGACGAUAUUUGACAUGCCCGCUACCUCUCAACUCCCCGUGUAUAUCAACACCUCCUUCAGUACUGAGUGUAUUGAUCAUUCUCAUUUGUCUCUUUGAUACCCUCGGAUAGAAUUGUCAGACGUACUGUACAGCGUUCUAUUUGGUCGAGCAAUAGCAGUGAAAGGAACAACGGGCAAUACGUGGAUAGAAACAGAUGAACCCGAAAACAGAUUCAAAUCCUACAAGAAGUGCAG